CACAGUGGCUACAAGCUCUGCCCUGAUGCUUUGCCUCUGUGCCAGGAGGCAGUGUGGGACCUGUCAUGUUUAGCCGUCAUGGAUGUAGCCUUUGUCACUUGGAAAUCGGGACUUUGAGUCUCUUAAGUCUUAAAAUUCUGAACCCUGGUGCAGUUUUAAAAGUACCUACAUUGUGCUGAUUGUAUUCUGAAAAGAAUAUGAGAUUCUGCAGAAAUUCUUAUCUUUUAGAAGAGGAACAUACAUCUAAGCUCUGAGGACAGCUCUUGUUCUAAACCAUCCUUCAGAUACCCAGCUGUCUGAUUUAUUCUCAAGGGAGAAGAAUUAUGGACUACUGUGGGAAGUAUGCAGCUGUCACUUUGGCCAUUUUGUCUGUAUUUCUGCAUCUUCUCCAUUCUUUCCCAGAUGGAGAGUUCCUCAUGCAGGGUUGUCCAGAGUGCAAGCUAGGGGAGAACAGAUUCUUCUCAAAACCAGGAGCACCCAUUUACCAGUGCACUGGAUGUUGUUUCUCACGGGCUUAUCCCACUCCAAUGAGGUCAAAGAAGACAAUGCUGGUACCAAAGAACAUCACGUCAGAAGCGACGUGCUGUGUAGCGAAGGCUUUUACCAAGAUUACGCUUAAGGACAAUGUGAAGAUAGAGAACCAUACAGAUUGUCACUGCAGUACCUGCUACUAUCAUAAAUCCUAAAGUCGGCCCCUUUGUUAAUGAUUGAGGAUAAUGGUGAAUGGCAUAUAUGUUUUUCAGCGUCUGUAGCCCUACUAUGUACAACUUUUACGUUUUCUGGUCAAGACAUUGAGUAGAUGUUCCAGUAAGAUGGAUGGCUGUUUUGUUUUCUCUCUGCUUCUUCAUGCAUUCAAGUAAGCGUAGUUAUUUCCAUUAGGGAUAAAAUACAGCACAUGCAUGACAACCAAAGGCUUGAUUUAUUUUUUAAAUAAACUGUCAGUUAAAUCAUCAAUGUUUCUUGAGGAAAAAUGAUGAUUUAAUAGCUUAAAACAAGAAGAAAAGAUUAUGCUG